AUGCGCAAGGUGGACCUGCACGCUCGUUGCAGCUACCUGGCUGACUACCGUAGCGGGGUCGAUAAGGCAGUCCAAAAGCUGGGCCUGAGAAGCGAAGGUCUCGAGGCAUUGUCAGCACAGGAGCUAAAGGGGUACACAUGCCUGCCGCCUCGACUGUGUGCAUUCUACCUGUCAGCCAUUGAAGCUCGCAAGAUCGACCAUCAGCUGGAGCUGGACUUAAUGGAAAUGGAGAAACGGGGUUGCAGUCCAGUGUCUGGUGUUGGUGAGAUCCUGCGCUUCCGGGAGUGCAUGGGGCACAUGAAGAGCGAUUAG